AUGGCUGAGACAGUCGGACCUAAGACCCCCCUCAACACUCCACGGGGUAACAACCACCCAGGGGUAACCUCCCUCCCCCCAGAGCCCAUCCAAAUCAUCCGCACCAAGGCCAGCUCCAGGAGGGUCCGGGUCAACGUCGGAGGUCUAAACCACGAGGUCCUGUGGCGGACGUUGGACCGGCUGCCACGCACCCGCCUGGGUAAGCUUCGCGACUGCAACACUCACGAGAGCCUGAUGGAGGUCUGCGACGACUACAGCCUCCGUGAGAACGAAUACUUCUUUGACCGGCACCCCGGCGCCUUCACCUCCAUCCUCAACUUCUACCGCACAGGGAAGCUGCACAUGAUGGAGGAGAUGUGCGCCCUGUCRUUCGGUCAGGAGCUGGACUACUGGGGUGUAGAUGAGAUCUACCUGGAGUCCUGCUGCCAGGCCCGGUACCACCAGAAGAAAGAACAGAUGAACGAGGAGCUGCGGAGGGAGGCGGAGACGCUGAAAGAAAGAGAGGGAGAGAUAGAGUUUGAUAACACCUGCUGCCAGGAGAAGAGGAAGAAGCUUUGGGACCUCCUGGAGAAACCCAGCUCCUCCCUACCUGCCAAAGUCCUCUCUGUU